GUUCGAGAUGUGAGAGCGAACUUCACAACACGUCCUCAUGCACGUAACACGCCUGCAAAUUCCAUCUCAUCGUUUCUCCCCCAUCUCCAGAAACUUACACUUCCAUCGUGUUCGCAAACAUACCAGUAACAGACCCAAGUCAAUAUGGGCAGCUAUACCUCGAAGGCUGCUGUUCGCAACUCGACCAACUCGACCACGCCUCUCAACUUGGACAUUCAUAGUCCUGUGCAGACAAACUUCCCUCGCAGCCCUGGCCUACAAGAUCUCUCUACCUUCCAUCCCCACCAAAACCAUAACGGAGUCAAUGAAGUCGUGGUCACAUCUUUCGCUGGCGACGAACCCGAGUUUGGCAUAACUCGUCCAAGCCCCGCGAGGCCUCUCAUUCGCCGCUACUCAGAGCUUAUUGAUCCGACACAACUGGACAAUCAACAAGUCAGAAGCCCCAGUGGUAACCUGCUCAGCGGCAGCAGCUACAAUCUAAGGGGAGAUCGCCCUUUGAGUGUUCGAGAGAGACAAGAAAGGAUCCGUCAGCAAAUGUCGCAGAAGAGAAGGGAGCAAGAGAUGGCAGAUGAUGGCGGAUGUAGAAGAAACUCGGCAAAGAGCUCGGUCGGUAGCGCCUCUACCGCGAAAGCUGCAAAACGCAGGGGAUGUCUUGGUUGUUUUGGCGCCUGAGUCGCAGAUGAUGGUCGGCCAUGUUGAGCUGAACAUCUUUGUCGCAAAUAUCCAUGAGCUGCCCCAAUCGAGGAAGUGACGACUCGAUGACCAGGGCUGGAAGAUGGAAGUCGGCACAAAACUGACUAAAUAUCAAUAUUCAUGACAGACCUGGAGACUAACUCAGGAACAACCGACUUCCCCGUCCGUGUCUUCAGAUCUCGUCUUCCGUCCAAAGCACUUCGCGCACUCCAGCGAUUGUUGUGUUCGUCACCAAGCUCUUGCUAGCAGCUGAAAGUGAAAAGUGCGACGACAUCUAGUAUCACUUAUGCUUGC